UAAAUAUUGAUUCAGAAGCACAAACCGUGAAAUUUAUUCUACCCUCAUAUUGAUUAUUUCAGGGACAUUUUAGUUUCCUGUAGAGUUGGCAUCUGACACACUUCAAUGACAUUUUUCUAUUAAUAUAUGUCUACAAAGAAGGCAAAAGAUGCAAUUCCCAAGCGAACACUUGCUUCAACUCGAACGAAAAAGCCGACAGAAACGACGAAAAAAGAAACGCCUAAAAUAAAAACAAGUUCAAGGCUACAAAAAAGUGAAGACGAUGAAGACAAAAUGAAGAGACACGUUUCAAAACCAAUUAAUCAAACUAAAAGAGUAAAACCAACACCAGCCAAGAAAACAACGAGUUCUACUAGAGCACCUGCCACGCCACCCAGUAGUCGAGUUACCAAAACGCAAUUUUUUCCUAGCAAAAAAAUGUACUCUAAUGCACUUAAAAGUGAAAAAAUACCAGCAAAAACAAAAGUUAUCAACAACGACGUGUCUCCAGAGACAAGCUCGAUGUCAGAAAGACCCAGAACGGCUACUUUGCGUAAAGGUAGUAUUGUUAAUAAUAAUAUAGUAGGCCCAGAUGCUCCCAAAAGCAAAGUGGAGGCCCCUCCGGUUGAAUACGAAGACGAUUUUGAUUCUUACGAAUCGGAUUUUGAAGAGUACAAUUCAACUGAUUCAACGUCGAAUCUUUCAACUAGUAGUACUUCAGAAAGUACUGAAUCUGUUGGGCCUACAUCGGCCACAAAAAGGGUCAGUUCCGCCGGUACCGACGACGAAAAAAAGCUAGAUUCAGGUAAUUACGAGUUGCCCGAGUCAAGACAUCGCCAAAUUUUGGACAACAUCAAAGAAUCAAUCGAGAAGGAAAAUUCAAAUUUGGGGAGUAAUUUGGGGUCUUUAUCUGAUGAAGGUUUUGAGGAUGGCAAGUCGUUACAAUUUAUUAAUUUUUUGGGGGCUCAACGGAAGUACCAACAUCGCAAAAGUGUGGAAUUGAGACGUAAACGGGGAGAAGAAAUUUUGAGUAUGAUUCGACUCGAUCAUUAUAGUUUCACACUAUUUGAAUUACCCCCUGUACCUUAUGAUAUUUUCAUCAAAUAUUACGGCAAAAGCAACUCAGUACAAGCAUCAGUGCAAACAGGAGACCAGACUGAUGAAGAAAUACAAACUGAUGAAAUCUCCUAUAAAAAUAAGUGGACACAAUUUCCUCCUUGCUUCACUAAAAUUGAAGACAAAGAACACUUUUGGGAGCUCUACAAGUGUGAUUAUUUGGGCGUUGGCGGGGACAUUAUAAACACACAAAGAAUUGAAAAUUCUCACAAUGAAAACAGCUUAGAGACAUUUUUAUUAAGGGCGGGGAAUCUCAUCCUUAAUUUACAAAUGGAAGCUAACAUGAAAACGAACAUCGAAACCAACAAAAAUAAUAUACCAUUCAGCAAAGGUCAGAUUACAUGUGAUACAAAAAAGCUUGACUUUUUAAAAGAACGACCUCUGAAUGAUGUUUGUUUUUGUGCAAACAAUUCAAAGAAAAUUUUGACUGUUCAUGGCCCACGUCAAGACUCUUCAAAUAGUUUUGUUUGUUUAUGGAAUAUUUCUAAUAUUAGUAAGCCCGAAACAAUGUUGAUGGCUUUUGGCCACGUUUUGUGUUGUACUUGUUGUUUUGAAUGUCCGAAUUUGGUUCUGGGGGGUUUGAAUGACGGGACUUUAGUCGUAUGGGAUAUGAAAGAAAGCACCAAAAGUCACAAAAAUGUGUGUGAGGAAAUUGUAAAAAAUUCACUAGUACGUAGCCCAACGUACUCUACUGAAAUAAACCAUGGACACUCAUGUAAAAUAAUUUCGGUUCAAUCUAUGUCUAGGAAAGUGUCAGAAAUUGGAGUGUUUGUUGCCCACGGAUCAACUGAAGUUUGUAGUUUGGAUGAAGACGGAGAAGUUAUAGUCUGGAGUGUUAUUUCGAAAGAAGAGAGUCGUGGCAGAAUUGUAGAAAACCAAGGUUUGGCCCAUUGGGGUUCUGUGAUAAUUACCAUCAACGUUCGGAUAUCACUAAAAAAGUUGUAUCCCGAAAUUGGCGAUUUUAACUGUACCGAUCUUGCUUUGAGUCACUUUGACUCAAAUAAUUUGUACAUUUCGACCAAUCGGGGUCACAUUAUUCACUGUUUGACAAGUGGGGGUAAAACUGGCGUUAAAAAAUUUCUUUCAAAUGGAGACUCUCAGGCGAAUUGUGUGGAAAUGUGUCCUUUUUCAUCCCAAUAUUUCGUCGCGGGAUUUAAUAACGGAAAUAUAAAUUUCUACUCAGCUGUAAUCGAGCGCCCUUUGAUGGAACUUUUCAAUAAAGAAACAGCGGAAAAUCAGACUAAAGUCGAAAUUAUCCAAUGGUCAUACAACCGGCCGUUUAUUUUUUAUACGAAAGAUAUUACAAACACUAUUCAUGUUUGGAAUUUGAAGGCGAGUGAUAUGUUCCCCAUUUAUUCGAUUCCAUUUAAGGAAAAUAUACUGCGUAUGAAACUAUCGGUAAUUACAAGUGAUGAAAGUGUUCCUGAACAAACUUAUAUGAUCAUUGCCACUGAUAAAGGCUCAGUUUAUGUCCAUUUACUGAGCGAGGAUUAUGACCAACAACCUGUCGAAGAUUUCGAAAAGGACAAAAAGAAAUUUUUAAGUUAUAUUGAUAGAUAUGUUUGAAUUAUGAAAUAAAAACUUGUUUAUUCUUG